AUGGAAUCCGACGAUUUCAGCACAGCUGGCAUCUUGCCAGACUACAGCCUUCCAUGGAAUGAGCUCCUGCAGCGGCUUGUGAAAUUCCUUCUGGGUGAGCAAACAUCUAUCCAAACCUCGGACGACCGAGAGAUGGUAAUUAUCAAUAGCACAGUCCUUUUUCUUGGCCACAUAACCACAGUAGAUGUUAUACAACAUAACAAGCAGAUGGUGGGCGUGAUUCUCGGAGUCAGGGCAGAUGGACAAGGGAAGGGGGUAUCUAAGGCUCGCUGGACCUUGCCGAUUUCCGCAAAAGCGGUAGAGACGGGCGAAAUCAUAUGUGUCUUGGGAGGAGCUUCGAAGCCCACCAUCAUUCGAACGUGCAAAGAUCACUUCGCUAUCAUCAUGAUCGCGACUUCCCCCAUGGAAGAGCCUUCUGGAAACAGGGUGUCAAGAUCCUUAGAGAUCACUCAACCCAAGCCAGAGUUCCCAAGCGAUCUUUUACUAAUCUGGGAUUGGGAGAACCCCACGCCAGAAUCGCAGGCUCUUAGGGAAUAUGAGGAUGUGGUCAAAAGGGAAGGUUGCCACCCAGACUAUUCUAAAGGAUCUUCAGAAGCUCAUUUAGAUAGGGCAACCAGAAUUUGGAAGAGUGCAAUGUUCUUAGAGUAUGUGGAGGAGUGCAAGAAAGCUGAUGAGCGGGUUCAGGAGGCAACGAGACCUUCAAAGCAGUCUUCAAUGAAAUGGGACCAGGUCCCAACCCGCCAGUCAGCAGUCAACACCUCCAUACACCGGUUUCAUGGGCUGCGGAGUUUGGGUAUAUUGAGGUACUAG